AGUAAGCUACUUUGUCCCCGUCGUCUGGAUCCAUAAUAUACGCUUUUUACAGUUGUUACAGCGACGCAACGUUAUUCCUGAGUAAUACAUUUAUACUUGUUCAAGUUCCAGAAUGUUACAAACUUUACGUGAACGUUCGCAGAAGCGAAAAAAGUUGCUAGCCCAAACGUUGGGGGCAUCGAGUGUUGAUGAGUUACGACAGAUAUUGGGCACCGAAGUCGAUGAAUCGCAAAAGAAAAAAAUUAAAGUCGCUUCCAAUAAGAUUGAAGAGGAGGCAAAGGACAGACAAAAUAGUGCAGCUUUGGCAGAUGAGAUUGUUUACAAAGAUUCGUCGACAUUUUUAAAAGGAACGCAGUCAUCGAAUCCGCACAAUGACUACUGUCAGCACUUUAUUGACACAGGACAACGUCCGCAAAAUUUUAUAAGAGACGUGGGCUUGGCAGACAGGUUCGAGGAGUAUCCUAAACUUCGAGAACUCAUAAAAUUGAAGGAUGAUCUAAUUUCUGAAACAGCAACCCCUCCAAUGUAUUUGAAAACAGAUUUGUUUGCGCAGAAUUUAAAAGACCUGAAUUGUAAAUUUGACGUGAUUCUUAUUGAGCCUCCAUUAGAGGAGUAUCAAAGGACUUGUGGUGCUACUAAUGUACAGCUUUGGAACUGGGAUCAGAUAAUGGAAUUGGAUAUUGGCGAAGUGGCUGCCAAUAGAAGCUUUGUGUUUUUAUGGUGUGGCAGUAGUGAUGGUUUGGACAUGGGGAGAUUUUGUUUAAGGAAGUGGGGUUUUAGGCGUUGUGAGGAUAUCUGCUGGAUUAGGACAAAUAUAAACAAUCCAGGGCAUAGUAAAAAUUUAGAUAGUAAGGCAGUGCUCCAAAGAACCAAGGAGCAUUGUUUGAUGGGUAUUAAAGGAACAGUUAGACGAUCAACGGAUGGAGACUUUAUUCACGCCAAUGUGGAUAUUGACUUGAUUAUUUCAGAAGAGCCUGAAUAUGGUUCUAUUGAAAAACCUGUAGAAAUAUUCCACAUCAUUGAACAUUUUUGUCUAGGCCGGAGAAGAUUACACCUUUUUGGACGGGAUAGUACAAUAAGGCCUGGAUGGCUUACAGUUGGCCCAGAACUAACAAAUACCAAUUUCAAUUCUGACAUCUACAAUAGUUACUUUAAUAGCAAUCAAGUAACUACUGGAUGUACAGAAAGAAUAGAAGCUCUUAGGCCAAAAUCGCCACCACCAAAAGGUAAAGUUUCAGGUAGAGGUAGAGGUGGUUUUAAUCGCGGAAGAGGACGAGGAAGGUGAAGCAUUGCAAACUGCUAUAUUCAUGGAAAUAUAAAAUUGUCCACAUACCUGAUAACUAUCUUACAAAUGGUUAAGUUGUUUGUAAGAUUGAUAAAUAAUAGGUUGUUCUUCUAUAUUGUUGAAUUUGUGGGAGUUUAGCCAGCAAUUUUUAAAAUAAAAUUUAUUUUUUUUAACAUUAUUUUUUUUUAUUUUUUAAACGAAUGAAAUACUCUUAUUAUUUUGUAUGCACUCUUUUAAGUCUUUAUAUCUACAGAACCUUAAGGAAUAAAUAAUAAAAUUGAUAUUUUUUAAAAAGUAUUUUAUUAAUUGUCAUUUAAUGAGUGUGAAAGGGAAGGAUUAUAAUGGAAAAA